AUGGGAAUCAUCGAGCAACAGAAUGCCGCGAUUGGCAAUGCGGUACUCGAUAUUAACGAGUAUCCUCAACUUCGGCUGACCGCAGCGGCUACAGAAAGCGGAAGAGAUGUUCAUGAGGCCGGCGUCGAACAGACCUGGAAAUCCGCACUUGUACUUCUCCCAGCCAUGCAGUGGAACUUCAGCUCUGAGCGAAGUCCCUCCAGGAACGACUUCUUGCCUGAACUUCAAGACGUGGUCGAUGCUUUCAUCGACAGCCUCCUAGACUCUGCAGCGGACUCGGGGCUACGCACUUGUUUGAAUGUGCAACUGGCUUAUCUGUACGGUAACACGCAAGAACUGGAGUCUCGCGACUUCGCGUAUCGCCUAUUGUACGAGCACCGCCAGUACCAUUACGACAUCUGCGCCGGCAUGAGUUACGGCACAGUGCCAUUUGUUGAGCACCAGCGCAAAAUCAGGCAAGCUUUGAGAGACGGAACUCUUGAGCUGCAAGAGUGUUCGGCUGCUCGCGACGACGAAGGCUUGUUCAGGGAAGCCGCCGAGGCGCGCUUGCUUGCUUCACUUCCGCCAGUAUUAGUCAGUGACAGCAAGUCCGAUGAGGAAGAUGGUUCCGGCAUAUCGAUGGACGAGCGAGAAGACUCAUGA